AUGGCUACGGGACAAAGAGACGCAAAGCCUCAGAUGACAGUGACAUUCAAGGAUGUGGCUGUACUCUUCACUAGGGAUGAGUGGAGAAAGCUGGAUCCUUGUCAGAGGAACUUAUACCGAGAUGUGAUGCUGGAGAACUAUAGCAACUUGGUCUCGUUGGGACCCUCAUUUUCCAAGCCUAAAGUCAUCUCCCUGUUGCAGCAAGGAGAAGAGCCCUGGAAGAUAGAGAAAGAAAGUCCCAGAGGUUCCUCUCUGGGAUGGGAGAACAGUCAAAAAAACACAAAAUCAACUCAAACACAAGAUUCAUCAUUUCAGGGACUGAUAAUAAAAAGAUCCAAAAAGGGUGGACCAAGAGACUUCAAAUCAGAAAAACCUUGUAUAUAUGAAGACAGAUUAAAGAAACAGCAUGAUAAAAAGGAAGGAUUUCAGAUCAUUUCAGUCCCCCACAAAAAAAUCCUUACUAUAGAAAAAAUCCAUAAAAAUACUGAAUUUGGCCAAAACUUCAACCUGAAGUCAGGCCUUGUUAGGCAACAGAUGGUAACUAGAGAAAAAUCACCCUCAAAAUGUGAAACACAAGCAAAUGCCUUCAAACAGAACUCAGAUUUGCUUAACCAGCCAAAAAUCAACAACACAGAGAAACGCUAUAAAUGUAAUAUAUGUGAGAAAACCUUCACUAACAAUUCUUCCCUUCGUAAACAUUUGAAAAACCAUACUGGAGAAAAAUUAUUUAAAUGUAAAGAAUGUUUGAAAGCCUUCAGCCAAAGUUCAGCUCUUAUUCAGCAUCAAAUAACUCAUACUGGAGAGAAACCUUAUGUAUGUAAAGAAUGUGGGAAAGCCUUCACUCUUAGUACAUCCCUUUAUAAACACCUGAGAACCCAUACUGUGGAGAAAUGCUAUAGAUGUAAAGAAUGUGGUAAAUCCUUCAGCCGAAGGUCUGGCCUUUUUAUACAUCAAAAAAUCCAUGCUCAAGAAAAUCCCUGUAAAUAUAAUCCAGGUAGGAAGUCAUCCCUUACCGGAUGUCAGAGAAUUCAUCCCAGGAAGAAAUCUUAUUUAUGUAAUGAAUGUGGCAACACCUUUAAGUCUAGCUCAUCUCUUCGAUAUCACCAGAGAAUUCACACUGGAGAGAAACCUUUUAAAUGUAGUGAAUGUGGGAGAGCCUUCAGUCAGAGUGCAUCUCUUAUCCAACAUGAGAGAAUUCACACUGGAGAAAAACCUUACAGAUGUAAUGAAUGUGGAAAAGGCUUCACUUCUAUUUCACGACUUAAUAGACAUAGAAUAAUUCAUACUGGUGAGAAGUUUUAUAAUUGUAAUGAAUGUGGUAAAGCAUUAAGUUCCCACUCAACACUUAUUAUUCAUGAGAGAAUUCAUACUGGAGAGAAACCAUGUAAAUGUAAAGUAUGUGGAAAAGCUUUCAGACAAAGUUCAGCUCUCAUUCAACAUCAGAGAAUGCAUACUGGAGAAAGACCCUAUAAAUGUAAUGAGUGUGGAAAAACGUUCAGGUGUAAUUCAUCACUUAGUAAUCAUCAGAGGAUUCACACUGGAGAGAAACCCUACCGAUGUGAGGAAUGUGGAAUAUCUUUUGGCCAAAGUUCAGCUCUUAUUCAACAUCGGAGAAUUCAUACAGGAGAGAAACCCUUUGAAUGUAACACAUGUGGGAAAACUUUUAGACAAAGCUCAUCACGUAUUGCACAUCAGAGGAUUCAUACUGGAGAGAAACCAUAUGAAUGUAACACAUGUGGGAAACUUUUCAAUCACAGGUCAUCACUAACUAAUCAUUAUAAGAUUCAUAUUGAGGAGAACCCCUAG